AAUCUGAUCUGCUGUUUCACAGGGCUGACAUUGAGAAGGGGUCUGAGAUGUUUGACAAUCCGUUAUAUGGUUCAAUGGGAAAAUCACGGGGCAAGGACCAGGACCACCUACAGAAGGACCUCCUCACACCUCCAGAUCCCAAAUUUACAUCCUCCAAACCAGCAGACGGAGACCCCGAUCGGCCCCCGCUGCCCACGCCACGAAACCGCUCCUUCACCUGCUCAGAGACCAAACCUCAGCCUCCCGGCCCCGUCGCCUCCCUUUCCUCAGUACUCAAGAAACCCGUCAUGCCCUCGCGCUCUGAAGGCGGCGUGGUGCACAGCCGGCCCCCUUUGCCCUCCAAGUCGCGGCCGGGCGUCCCGGAGCCCCAGAACCCCAGAGACUACAGAGACAGCUCCGAACUGCCCUGCAAACUCAGACCGCCAGCAAGACCUGGACAGCCUCAGACUCACAAAGACAUGCAUCCUGAAGUUCCCAAGAUGGGCCGGUCUGUGAAGUGAGACGAGUGAUGAUCAGCACAACUGUACAGCUUCCUGCUCUGCAUUUUUGGAAAUUUUAACUACAGUCUCUCCCUUGUGAUCUGUAUCACUCAUUUGUGUUUCAUUUGUAUUAAAGGAAGAGUUUUGCAUUUUGGGGAUGUAGCCUUUUCAUAUGCUGAGAGUUAGAUGUGAAGAGCGACACCACUCUCAUUCAACUUUAGCAAUUUUUGGUUCUAAAAACAUUCUUCAAAUGAUAUAAUGCAACCAAUGCAAUGUUUUGGUAAUGUUUUCAGCAGCAAGUUUUCUUUAUGUUCCCAGA